GCGCGGCCGCCGCGGGCGCCAUGGAGCAGUGGCGGCAGUGCGGCCGCUGGCUCAUCGACUGCAAGGUCCUGCCGCCCAACCACCGGGUCGUGUGGCCCUCGGCGGUGGUCUUCGACCUGGCGCAGGCGCUGCGCGACGGCGUCCUCCUGUGCCAGCUGCUGCACAACCUGUCCCCCGGCUCCAUCGACCUCAAGGACAUCAACUUCCGGCCGCAGAUGUCCCAGUUCCUGUGUUUAAAGAACAUCCGCACCUUCCUGAAAGUCUGCCAUGAUAAAUUCGGACUCCGGAACAGCGAGCUGUUUGACCCCUUCGACCUCUUCGAUGUCCGAGACUUUGGGAAGGUCAUCUCUGCCGUGUCCAGACUCUCCCUGCACCACGUGGCCCAGAACAAAGGGAUCAGGCCCUUUCCCUCGGAGGAGACCGCGGAAAACGACGAUGAUGUCUAUCGCAGCCUGGAGGAGCUGGCGGACGAGCAUGACCUGGGGGAAGACAUCUAUGACUGUGUCCCGUGCGAAGAUGAGGGCGACGACAUCUACGAGGACAUCAUCAAGGUGGAGGUACAGCAGCCCAUGAAGAUGGGCAUGUCCGAGGACGACAAGAGAAACUGCUGCCUGCUGGAGAUUCAGGAGACCGAGGCCAAGUACUAUCGGACCCUGGAGGACAUUGAGAAGAACUACAUGGCCCCGCUGAGGCCGGUGCUGAGCCCGGCGGACAUGACGGCCAUCUUCAUCAACCUGGAGGACCUAAUCAAAGUGCAUCACAGCUUCCUGCGGGCCAUUGACGUGUCCAUGAUGGCAGGGGGCAGCACUCUGGCCAAGGUCUUCUUGGACUUCAAGGAGAGGCUCCUGAUCUACGGGGAAUAUUGCAGCCACAUGGAGCACGCCCAGAACACGCUGAACCAGCUCCUCGCCAGCCGGGAGGACUUCCGACAGAAGGUCGAGGAAUGCACUCUGAAGGUCCAGGACGGGAAGUUUAAGCUUCAGGACCUGCUCGUGGUCCCCAUGCAGAGGGUGCUCAAGUAUCACCUGCUCCUGAAGGAACUCCUGAGCCACUCCGCGGAUCGGCCCGAGAGGCAGCAGCUCAAAGAAGCACUAGAAGCCAUGCAGGACUUGGCGAUGUACAUAAACGAAGUUAAGCGGGACAAGGAGACCCUGAAGAAAAUCAGUGAAUUUCAGAGUUGUAUAGAAAACUUGCAGGUGAAACUGGAGGAGUUCGGGAGGCCGAAGAUUGACGGGGAACUGAAGGUCCGGUCCAUAGUCAACCACACGAAGCAAGAUAGGUACUUGUUCCUGUUUGACAAGGUGGUCAUCGUCUGCAAGAGGAGGGGCUACAGCUAUGAGCUGAAGGAGGUCAUCGAGCUGCUCUUCCACAAGAUGACCGACGACCCCAUGAACAACAAGGAUGUCAAGAAGUGGUCCUACGGCUUCUAUCUAAUCCACCUCCAAGGAAAGCAGGGCUUCCAGUUUUUCUGCAAGACAGAGGACAUGAAGCGGAAAUGGAUGGAACAGUUUGAGAUGGCCAUGUCAAACAUCAAGCCAGACAAAGCCAAUGCCAACCACCACAGCUUCCAGAUGUACACUUUUGACAAGACCACCAACUGCAAAGCCUGCAGGAUGUUCCUCAGGGGUACCUUCUACCAGGGGUACCUGUGCACCAAGUGUGGUGUCGGGGCGCACAAGGAAUGUCUGGAAGUGACGCCUCCCUGCAAGAUCAGUUCUCCUGCGGACCUGGACGCCUCUGGAGCAGGACCGGGUCCCAAGAUGGUGGCCGUGCAGAAUUACCAUGGCAACCCUGCUCCCCCUGGGAAGCCAGUGCUGACCUUCCAGACGGGUGAUGUGAUCGAGCUGCUGAGGGGCGACCCCGAGUCUCAAUGGUGGGAGGGUCGGCUGGUGCAGACCAGAAAGUCAGGCUACUUUCCUAGCUCGUCCGUGAAGCCCUGCCCCGUGGAUGGAAGGCCGCCCGUCAGCCGCCCGCCCUCCCGGGAGAUCGACUACACGGAAUACCCCUGGUUCGCAGGCAACAUGGAGAGACAGCAGACAGACAACCUGCUGAAAUCGCACGCCAGCGGGACCUACCUGAUCAGGGAGCGGCCGGCCGAGGCGGAGCGCUUUGCCAUCAGCAUCAAGUUCAAUGAUGAAGUCAAGCACAUCAAGGUGGUGGAGAAAGACAGCUGGAUCCACAUCACAGAAGCGAAGAAGUUUGAAAGCCUCUUGGAGCUGGUGGAGUACUAUCAGUGCCACUCGCUCAAGGAGAGCUUCAGGCAGCUGGAUACCACGCUCAAGUACCCCUACAAGUCACGGGAGCGCGCGGCCUCCAGGGCCUCCAGCCGGUCCCCAGCUUCCUGCGCCUCCUACAACUUUUCUUUUCUCAGUCCUCAGGGCCUCAGCUUUGCCUCCCAGGGCUCCUCCGCUCCCUUCUGGUCAGUGUUCACACCCCGCGUCAUCGGCACGGCCGUGGCCAGGUACAACUUUGCUGCCCGGGAUAUGCGUGAGCUCUCACUGCGGGAAGGCGACCUGGUGAAGAUAUAUAGCCGCAUUGGCGGGGACCAGGGCUGGUGGAAGGGCGAGGCCAACGGACGGAUCGGCUGGUUUCCUUCAACGUAUGUAGAAGAGGAGGGCAUCCAGUGACGACGACAACACGGACAGGGCUCGUGGCUUUCCUUCGAAGAGUCCAGCUCUGAAGUCUGUCUCUAGCUCUGUGACUCAGAGGGGACAUGCCCGCCAACCUUCCAGUCUUCAGCAGCCCGUGGGGAUGGGGAGGGUGUUCAAAAUCCUACAUGCAAACCGGCCCACCUUCAGUCUGCCCUCGGUGGCCUGUCCUGGGUACGCUACUUGUACAUAGAGGAGAGCCGGGCCAGCCCUGUCGUGACGGCCACCACCAGAGCGCCGAGGGGAGGGAGCGCCUGGGGCGUCCUGAGCCAGGCUCUGGGUGACAGCUGAGGCCAGAGCUCACGUGGCCCCUGUCCUGUCGAGACGGCAUUCGGGAGCCGAGGUCUGAACAGCAGGUGCUCCCGGGGACGACCGACCGGGACGGCAGAGGGGGCCUUCCCCCAGCCCCUUCUGCUCAGCCCCGGACGCUCAGCCUGCCUGCUUCCUGCUGCUCCCGGGGGGCAGCCUCGGGCCCAGAGAGUCAGAAGGGACCGGAGCCAGGCCGUUUGCCGCAGCCCGUGCUCAGCCCCAGCUGUGCUCAGGUGUAGGAGAAGAGAGCAUCGCUAGGGGGUCCGCGUGGGCCCCCUUGACUCCUCGUGGCCCUCCGCGUGAGGAGUGUGCAGGCUCCGCCCGGGGAGGGGGGCCCUCUCUCAGGAGGGGGCCCGAGCGAACGAUGGAGGGGCCGACCCUCCUCCCCAGUCAAUGGUACUGUUCCUGCCCUGAACCCCAGGAAUGCGUCUGUCCUGUCCUGCUGUCAGGUGGAUACACCUUUUGUAAACCCUGAUGUGGGUGAGAAGAAAACAAGAGUUUUCCCCCC